CGCGGCAGCGCCGCCGCCGCGAGCAGCCGAGAGCCGGCUGCGCUCCGCCGGGCCGCUCCGCCAGCACCAUGUCCUUCUGCAGGGCCGCCUCGCAGGCGCUGGCCUCCCGCCUGAGCCGCGCUCCCGCCGCCGCCAGCCGCCUCCAGCAGCGUGCACCUCCUCGCCAGAUGUCAACUGGGAAUGUUCCUGGCUCUUCUAGAGACAGCAUGAUGAUCUAUCUCCUUGCUGGUGUUGCUGCUUUUGGUGGUUUAUUUUAUGCCUACAGAGCAGUCAGCUCAUCACGCAGCAAGUAUAUUGAACACACAAAUGCUCUUCGUGAGAGAGAUGAGGAGCAGAAAAGCAAUCUUUGGUCCAGGAAGGAAGGUGAUGGAGAAGAGGUGGAUGAAGUCCCUGCAGCAGAGAAGGCCACGGAAGAGGCUGAUGCAGCAGCUGCUGGUGAACCUGCAGCACCGGAGGAGAGUGCUGGACCCACAGCACAGGAGGAGAGUGCUGGACCCACAGCACAGGAGGAGAGUGCUGGGCCACCCCCAGGAGCUGGAGGGGAGGAUGACUUACAGCCUCCAGAGGUGUCCCCUGCUGUGGAGGAAGCACAGCAGGAAGCUGCUGCUGAUUCAGAAGCUGCUGCUGAUCCAGAAGCUGCUGCUAAUUCAGAAGCUGCUGCAAAUUUGGAACUUGCUGCUAAUUCAGAAGCUGCUGCAAGUUUCUGAGGAGGAGAAGACACCUGAAGAAGUUGCUAAGGAGCCCUAAAGUAAGCAGUGCGGAUGCCUUUGGGAAUUUAAUGCAAAUAUUUGUGGCAACCAACCAGCUGAUUCCUGUGUGAAACCUCAUACUCUUCCUUGAAGACAUAAAACUGUGCAGUUUGUCCUACCACACACUGGUCAUCACAGCCAGCAUCCAGUGCUGCAAGAGAUGAUUUCUGCUGCCUAGAGAAACGCUUCUGUGACUAACAUCUCUGCUGUAGAAAGUAGCAUCCAGCCAAGCCACUCAGCAUGUCCCAAAUACAUGUGCUAAGAGAAGCAGUAGACUUAACUAAACCAUGCCAGAAAAACUCCUCCCAUGUCUUUAUUGUCUUGAUAUGUACAGUGAUUUCUUACCUUUGGUCCAAACUGUUGUGCAUAGUUACACCCGUGUAACAUUCCAUGCUAAAAUGUAGGCAAAAGGUUUUGAAGUCAAGUCAAAAUAUUAUACAUUAUAAAUGAUACAAAAUAUUAUACCUGUUAGCGUUUUUAAAUUGGAUCACAGGGAAAAUAACAAAGUGUUUGCUCCUGUGGUUGUAAGCAUAGGACAUCUGGCUGCACAUGAUCAAUUUCCCCCCUGAAUAAACAUUUCAGAUUCUACCAUUCCUUGCACAAUCACAUCCAGGAGUAAACAUUUGAAGGGUUCUGCUUUGGGAAGAAAACCUGUUCACAAGCAGUAGGUACUUUGUAGCAUGGAAAUCAAAAAAUAGCACUGGUUGGUGUUAUCAUGUAUCAAAGUAGUGGCUCCUGCCUUGGGUGUGCUGGGCUGUGCUCCUCCCAAAUCUUAUUCAGCUUCCUGGGGUCUUUCUGUGUUGCUCUGUGGCCUGUAGUGGUGGUGUAACAACACGAAGGUUUGGUGUAAACCUUCAGUCUGGUACAAAUCACAAGCCUCUUCUGCCAUGGCAAAGCCUGUCUCUAAGCACUUGCACACAGAGAGAAAACCCUGUGAAGGGCUAUGCAACAGGGGUUCAAAUGGACAGGCAUUCUUAGGGACUAAGAAAGAGCUGAAUAGCUAAAUAACCUUGUUUUCUCAGUAUUAGCUUAAUUAAAAAUACAUCUAAAAUGAAUAAAAGUUUUGUAUGCCACUGUGCUCCCAUUGUGCUACGUGCACGAGUGUGCAUCUAAAAUAAAUACUGAGACCCCACUGGAGCCAUCACAGAAUGGCAAUAAUUCUAAAUCAGAGCCAAAUAAGAUAUAUUAUGCACUAUUUAUAUAGAAAGUGUGUUUCAUAAAGGUGUGUCUGACUCCUUUCUCUUCAAGCAGAAAAAUGUUGAAAGGGAAAUGACAGCAUUCUGACAUUCCCACCCACGGCACAAAGCAGCACAUGCUCCUUCCCCCAUCAUAAAGCAAAUUAUAAUAGUGUUCCAGCAAAAAUAUAGCCUGUUGCUUCUGGACCUACUUAGGAAUAACUGGAAUAAUGCAGAGGCAAAAGCAGGCUCCUGAGCUUCAAGAAGCCUUCUACUUAAAGGAUAAAGCCUCUGUGAUUAAAAGCAAUUUUUGUAGACAAAGCUACUGGAAUAAAAAUCUUAGACUGAUAUUUUGUUGGAUAAGAGUCUAUCUUUAUUUAUCUUGUAGAUUAAACAUGCUGUGAUGGAUGUAUGCACUUAAAUGUUCUAUUUCUUCAUUUUCACUAAUUCCUAGUAAAAGAAGUUAUUUUAACUGCAUCUAACAGUAGGAUUUCUGAAAUGGUAAGGUUUUUUGAAUGGCUCUUUAUCUCUGGAACUGCUCUGGUACAUGGCAAAAUAUGUUUGCCCUCUGGAACAGCUGCCUGAAUGAUUGAAUCACAAACUAUGAUUUCCAAAGCUUUUCAUCCUUUCAAUUUCAAAAAAAUGUGAGUCCCAAAAUAGCCUGUACACGUGCUUUAUGCCAGAGUUUCUUUUUUUUUUUUUUUUUUUUUGGCUUUUGUUUUGUUUAGGUUUUUUUAAUUAAAAAAAAAAAAAUAAACUAGAGGACAUACAGCAC